CUACUUUCAGGUGUGCAGCAAAAAUACCUGGUAGUCACCUGCAAUUAUGAAGCCAGGAAUCUUGGUGUAAAAAAACUCAUGGGUGUGAAAGAAGCAAAAGAAAAGUGUCCGGAUCUGGUGCUGGUUAAUGGAGAGGAUCUGACCAAAUACAGGGAAAUCUCUUACAGAGUUACAGAAUUGUUAAAAACAUUUACGCCACUGGUGGAAAGGCUCGGAUUUGAUGAAAAUUUUGUGGACAUCACUGAAUUAGUAGAAAAGAGACUGAUAGAGUGGAAAAAAGCAACACUUCCUAAAAUCUCUGUUUCUGGUCAUGUAUAUAAUAAUCAGACUGUUGAUUUUCAGGAUCCAGUGCACGUAAGUCUCGCUGUGGGAUCUCAGAUUGCAGAGGAGAUGAGAGAUGCCAUGUGCAGCAGGCUAGGGCUCACGGGCUGUGCAGGGGUGGCCACAAAUAAGGUCCUCUCCAAGCUGGUCUCUGGGACCUUUAAACCAAAUCAGCAGACAGUUCUUUUGCCUGAGAACCGGCCGAACCUGAUGGCCAGCCUGGAUCACGUAAGGAAAAUACCAG